CAGGUUUCGUAAUAGCAAUUUAAUCACAUAAAUGGGUUUCCCACUCCUGAAGGUGAAUUUCCAGGUGCAUCGUAUCGACGCAGACAGUGGGUCUACGGUGCGGCUGUUACGCAGUAAUAAUUUCUUAUCGCCUUUGUGAAUAACGUAUUGAAGGGGAGAGGCAAGUAAUUAGUGAAAUUACCUUGAAAUGUCUAAGAGUUUAAGAAAGGCUUCAGGAACGUGGCGGCAGUACACUGCAGCGGCAAUCAUCAACAUCGCAGCUGUUUCAACGGGUGUGUCAAUCGGUUGGACUUCACCAGUGGUUCCCCAGCUCGAAGGGCCAACCCCUCCAGUCGGUACUUACCCAAUGACCAAGGACCAGAUAUCCUGGUUGACAUCGAUAUUCUGCAUAGCAGCCUUGAUAAUCUCCCCGGUCUGCAGCGUCUUGUCCGAGAAAUUCGGCAGAAAGAUCCUUGGAUGUUUGAUAGCAAUUCCCCUGGGCUUGAGCUGGCUCCUGACAAUCCUCGCUCAGGACUUCAGCUGCCUCCUCAUCGCGAGAAUCUUUACCGGUUUCGGCGGUGGCAUGACAAUUUUCCUCGUUCCCAUCUACGUUGCCGAAAUAGCCACUGACGAUGUUAGAGGAAAACUCGGGAGUUUCCUGUUAUUCGCAUUGAGCAUCGGCAUCCUUUUGGCAUUCGUUCUCGGUGUAGUGAUGUCUUAUCAGAUGUUCGCGAUAUGCGGUAUGAUCUUGCCGAUUGUUUUCAUCAGUGGAUUCAUGUUUAUGCCGGAGACACCGAUCUACCUCUUGAGGAAAUGCCGCACCAAGGAAGCUGAGAGAUCUCUGAUGUGGCUGCGGGGUAAUGAUAAGACAGCGGUGGAUCGAGAGAUCGUUCAGCUGAUGAAGAUUAUUGAAGAUGAUUCAACUUCUGCCAGAUCUAUAGGACUCAGGGAUCUGGUGCGCGAUCGGGGCACCAUCAAGGGGACACUCAUCGCUUUUGCUCUUUUGCCUGGACAACAGGCAUGCGGAAAUUCUGUCGUGUUCAUGUACUGUGCGACGAUCUUCCAGUUGGCGGGAUCUUCACUGAGUCCAAAUGCAUCAGCUAUAGUUCUCGGAGUGAUGCAGCUGGUUGCAGCAUUUCUGUCAACAGUGACAAUUGAGCGUGUAGGCAGACGAUUGCUCCUCUUGAUCUCCUGUGGUGGAAUGGCCAUUUGUCACGGCCUCUUGGCACUUUUCUUUCUCCUCCAAACCUCGAAUUACGACCUGUCCUUCUUCAGAUGGACUCCUGUCAUCGUUCUCUGCUUCUUCACAACUCUCUAUUCCAUUGGUCUAGGCCCUGUGGCAUUCGUCGUAGCGACUGAAGUCCUCAACCCUGAAAUCGCAGCCCUCACCAAUUCGAUCGCCAUGACCCUCACCUGGACCAUCUUCUUCACGGUCAUCAAGAGCUUUCCGCUGGCUAGUGGUUUGAUCGGUAGCUACGGCUGCUUUGCUAUCUUCUCAUUCUGCUGCACUUGCACUUUUUUAAUUACAUAUUUUCUCGUUCCUGAGACGAAGGGAAAACCCAUCGAGGCGAUACUAAGAGAGCUCAAUACUCCAAUGCAAAAACCGGGAGAUGAUAAUUCGAAUAUUGAUUCGAUUGAGAUUAAAUAGAAAAAAAUUUAUGAAGAUCCAACCAUAAAUGUAACUGAUAAUAAUCCUUUUCAGAGAAGGAAAUCUUUAAUUUGAGUACUGGGAUAUUAUUGUAUUGUUGUUGUAUUACUAUUUUAUUAUAAUUCUAUUGAGAUUUCAGGAGAUGAAUCACUCGAAAUUCAAUAUGGAAGUCCUGAAAUAUUUUCGAUCGCAGGUUUUGCGCGCAAAUAUUUUUAUCAAGCACAAUGUGAGCAUGAAGCAGCUGCUUUCGUUGUUCCAUCUGAAGUGUUCAUGAUACACGAAAGAUAUCAGAAUGUAAAAGCUAUAUCUGCACUCUUAUUGGUUUUGGCUUGAAGGAGUAACUUCCUUUGUGCGUCGCUCUGAUUGAACUUUCCGAUUGUUUCACUAUUUCGUACCGAUCGAUUGAACUCAAUCGAAUGUACAGAGAGAGAAAAACGGAAAAUUCGAGCUAUGUGAAGUUGGCAUCGAAGUUUGAAAAAUCUAACUUUUUUUUGUUGG